GGUAUAAAAUAUUGUACCACCUUGAUAUAAACAUGCUCGUCUUUCUUAUCCACACUCCACUCUCAUUCUUAGCAGGAACCUUAUACAAGUCUUUUCAGAAACUGUCAACAGUGACUUAAUCCUGAAUUACUCAGUUGGAUACACAAAUUGCAUGUACUGUACUAAACCUUGAAGUAAUUGUUUUGAGAUUAUUUGUGAAAUAAACACUGGAACAAAAAGGUAAAAAUUCUUGAUGCAGUAGCUAAAACGUUUGAUUCCAAACUUGAGCACAGAUAAUAAACAAACAUGGAUUUUAUGCUAUCCAUUGGUACUAUCGGUUUACUUUGGAUUGCAAUUGUAUGGGUACUGCGAAUGUUUCAUGUUUCAAACAUAAACGAGAAACAUGUACUUAUCACAGGCUGCGAUACAGGUUUUGGAAACAUGCUAGCCAAGCGACUGGACAAAAGAGGCUUUGCGGUGAUUGCAGCCUGCUUACAUAAACAAAGCCUUGAAGAACUUACUUCAUCUUGUUCAAAGCGUCUUUGCGCAGUACAGAUGGACAUUCGUGAGAAAGAAGACAUACAGAGAACAUUUGAGCUCGUAAAACAACGAUUACCACCAGGCAGAGGAUUGUGGGCAUUAGUAAACAAUGCUGGAGUUGCAGGAGCCUAUGUACCGUUUGAUUGGAUGAACCAGGAAGAAUGGAAUCGAGUUCUGCAGGUCAAUUUCUUUGGCCUGGUCAACAUGACCACAAUAUUUGCACCACUGAUCAAGAAAGAGAAAGGAAGGGUAGUUAAUGUUAGCAGCAUCACUGGCAGAAUAGCAAUCAGUGGUUGUGGAUAUAGCACUAGCAAGUUUGCUGUGGAAGGGUUUACAGAUUGCUUGAGAGUCCAACUUCGCAACUUCGGUGUGACGACCUGUUUAAUAGAACCCGGCUUUUUCAAAACCAAACUGAUGGAUGGCAUAGCAGCACAACGGGAAUAUAUUUGGCAGAAUUUACCAGAUAAUAUCAAGGCAGAGUAUGGCCAGCAAUAUUAUGAGAAAACGGUGAAAAGUGUGCAAGCAUCUACAGACCGUAUUAAGGAAGAAAGAUCUUCAAUGGUGGUGGAUGCCAUGGAACAUUCUGUUAGCUGCUGGUGGCCAAAGUCCCGCUAUGUGGUAGGGUGGGAGGCCUGGUUUUUCUUCAGAAUCCUCUCUUUCUUUCCAGCUGGUCUCACUGACAUAAUCAUGAUUAUAUUAUUUAGUCAACCAGCUCCAGCUCCAAGUAGAAAAGGGUGAUUAAAACACUGCAGUAUUAAACCCUUUUUUUUUUAAAUAAAAAAAAACACUUAAACACAGUUUUUGUCCGUUUGAUUACACUUAGGUAAAUUAGCCUACUGUCCAAAGGUGGAUAGAGGGUGGGUGGGGCAGUUGGCUCAGAGUUCUCCCAAAGCCGCCUUACAUGUACUGUAACUGUCAAUUUUAACAGGCCAACCGGUAAAAGGUGUGUCGGUUUUUAGAAAAAACUUCCACUGAUUACGCCUACGCUGGACCUCUUUCAAUAUGAACGAAAUUUCAUUCCAGUCUAAGCAUAUACUGUACAGUAUGUACAGUAAAUUGUUUUUUUUUCCCCCAAGUCUUUCAACCCUAUCCAUAAAAGCUACAGUAACACCUCGCUUGCACACUCGAGAUCGCCGGUCGACCGUUCAGAUUUUUUUUUUUUUAAAGUAAUACGUGAAAAAUGAUAGGCCUGAAACUGCAGUCCCUAUUAUGAAGACCCUAGGACUUAGGCCAGGGUUGGUAUCUCGUAGGCACCACAAUAGAACGAUGGCAAGCUUGCCAAGCAAACAAUAUUCAAUGUAAUGACAGAGUAAAUACUAACCAAGUGUAUAUUGAAAUAAAUUUAACAAAAAUAAA